CAUCAAAUUCCUCCCUCUUCUCUCUCUCUCUCUGCAUAAUAAACAAAAUGCUUCUAAAGUUCAAGAGUCCCUUCAAAAUGGAAGAUGAAGUUAAUAAGCAGAGUAAACAACAUGGUAAGUCCAGCUAUGCAGGCCAUGCAAUCUCAUACAACAACACUUCAUUAGCUGUUGGGUUACGAAUCCUUACACAGGUUUCACAUGGUGAAUCCAAUAUCCUUGUGAAAUCCGCAUUGAAAUUAACCCAACCCACCUCUCAUCCUCAAUUCCCACUUCAUCUUCAGACCAAAUCUCUUGAAUCUUGCUUUCUAAAAGUGUGUCACCUAUGUGAUAAGGAACUAAGCCCUGAUAAAGAUGUGUACAUGUACAGGGGUGACCAAGGCUUCUGUAGUAUAGAGUGCCGGAACAGACAAAUUGUAUUGGAUGAAAUGAAAGAAUUAGAAGCUUCUACGAAGAACAUGGUGGCAUCUUAUAGACAUUGUUGCAAUAGUGGCAGACGUGAGACUCAAAUGCUCCUUGAGGAAAUACGUCAGAGACAUGAGCCUAGGCCAAUCCGUUGUCAAAUAAAUUGGGCGAUAGUGUCAUAGAAUCAUAUAUAGUUCAUGGUUUAACACUCUUUUAUUGUGUAUUUGCAAGUGAAGAUGAUGAAGAGAUUGGGAAGGGAAAGGUGGAAGAGUUGGGAUUUUUUGUUAUAUAUGGUAAGCAGAUGAAAUUUCUGCUGCAGUACUAUUUUUUCCAUAUUCAAGAGUAUAAUAAGACAAGCCGAUAAAGAUGAUUUGAAUUAGCGCUUUUUCUCAACCAAAGAAAAGAGUGCUCAAUUUCUCUUCUUUCCCUUUCAAUUGUAAGAUAAAUAUCACUUAUCCUUGUUAUAUGUCACUUUCUUUUCUGCUUGUAUGU